AUGGAUCAGUCCGCGGAUCGCCCGCCUAUUUUUGAAGGGUUUUGUUCUUGGAAGCCCCGGUUUGCAUCGAGAGUCCUUCUUCGACCCAGGUUUGUACGUGAUAUCUUGAUUAUCUUCUUCGUCGUCGCUGCCUGCCAAUUACUCUGGGUAUACCUUCUGCCUCUUCCACAGCCAUCGGCUCCAGUGGUGAUAGAUAACAGUCAAGAGGCGGAAUGGUCACGGUUUGCUUAUGCACAAUACGCGACUGAUCCGGUGUAUCUCUGCAACUCUCUGAUGAUUUUCGAGACACUGCAACGACUUCAGACAAAACCAGACAGAAUCUUGAUGUACCCCACUCGCUGGCCAGCGAGUACCACAAAGCGAAAAGCAAUAGAAAGGAUGUUAGCGAAAGCGCAAGACGAGUACAAUGUUAAGCUGAAGCCGAUAUCACCUCUUCAGGCAUCGCCAGAUGUAACAUGGGGGGACAGCUUCACAAAGCUGCUUGCCUUCAACCUAACAGAGUAUGAGCGUAUAUUAAUUUUUGAUUCGGAUUCCACGAUACUUCAAUCAAUGGAUGAGUUGUUUCUGCUCCCCAGCGCCCCAGUAGCCAUGCCAAGAGCAUACUGGCUACAAUCAGGAGACAACUUCCUCACAUCAGGACUUGUUGUUCUCGAACCGUCCGAAUUUCAAUUUUCGCGCAUUAUUGACGCGAUAAGUGAGAAGGAUCAGACAGAGUACGACAUGGAACUGAUGAACCGUCUCUAUCAGAAUCACUGUUUGAUUUUACCACAUCGACCGUACUUCCUGAUAUCCGGGGAGUUUCGUGGGGACAACCACUCAAAGUAUUUGGGUUCUGACAACGAAGUAUGGGACCCACAGAAAGUUUUCGCGGAAGCCAAGAUUAUCCAUUUCUCCGAUUGGCCUUAUCCGAAACCUUGGGAGAAAGGCAUCCCAGACGAAUACCGGAUAGGAGAAUGCCGAAUUGCUCUAUUGGGCUAA